AUGGCUGCUUCUACCUCAGGACAAGCUAAAAUUCGAACAACAAAGAGUCCAUCAUCUUCACGUAAAAGAUCAUUUAAUAAUAAUAAUUCAGUCGUCAAAGAUCCACAAACAAUUGCUGAAGAGUUGGCAAGAAAACGUGCAAGAAAUACUGAUGCAGCAAGAAGGAGUCGACAACGUAAAAGUAUGAGAAUGGAAAGUCUUGAAAAACAAGUUGUUGAAUUAACUAUUGAAAAUAAUGAAUUAAAGAAUCGACUAAAUGUAUUGGAUGUUGAAAAGAAAAGUUUGGAAGAAAAAAAUUUAGAUAAAGAUAAUAGAAUUAAAUUAUUAGAAUGCCAAUUGACAGAAGCUCAUCAAAGAAUUUUAAACGGGUCUUAA